UGUCGUUGACUGCCAAGAGAGGAGGACGUGCGCGCUCUUUCGUCCUCACCGCGCCGAGCCAGACCGCGUAGAGGGAGAGGGAGAGAAAGAGAGAGCGAUAGAAAAGAAAAAUAGGAAGAGGAAGAAGAAGAAGAAGAAAAAAAUACAUUUGUUCCUCAUCACAGAUAUUUAAACCGACUGUCUGGGGGGCUGAGUAUACAUCCACAUUAAGGAUAAAUAAUCAAAGAUAGUUAAUAAUAAUAAUAAUAAUAAUAAUAAUAAUAAUAAUAAUAAUAAUAAUAAUAAUAAUAAUAUCGAUAUCGAACGGAGUGCAUAAGACGAAUAAGAAUGCCAUGGGGAACAGAAACGAGAUCUGGGAGUUACGUUUCGAAUCGGAAAGGCCUUGUGAGUUAGUGCACCUCAUGGGAAUCAUCAAAACGGUAGUCCGUGGUAGCCCAAGGAGCUGGUAUUAGCCUGAGGAAACAUCAAGGCAGGGCCAUGCACACCAGCACGGAGUUCUUGCUGGCUCUCUGGACUCUUGCUGUUGUGGAAGGACUGCGAGUGACGGAGGUGGUGGUGCCGCCCUUCCUGGUGAUAGGUCAAAGGGCGAGACUCCGCUGCCACUUCGCUCUCGAGGGCGAGGUACUCUACUCCUUGAAGUGGUGGAAGGACGGCAGCCAGUUCUACCAGUUCAUCCCGAGGAACGACCCGAAGAUGGUGGUCUUCAGCGUCGCCGGGGUCACGGUCAAUGUAGAAAAUUCCAACCUACACGAGGUGGAAUUAGUGGAUGUCCAGACGUCAUCCAGUGGGCAAUACAGGUGCGAAGUGGUGGCAGAGGCACCCACUUUCAACACCCACGUGCUCUCUGCCAACAUGACUAUUAUAGGUAAGGGUAGAGGUGCGUUAAGCACGUCUGCCCAGUUCUACUUACUUGAGACGGUCAAUUUUGGCACGCAGCACCACCCUUACCGUGCUCCAUGGCAUGCCCUUCCCUAA